AAGGCUGUUUUCUUGAUAUUUCCAGGAUUUUUCAUCGGAGGCCCUUCUAACAUGAUCAGUUCUGCAAUUUCUGCUGACCUGGGGCGCCAGGAUCUGGUGAGAGGCAGCAGUGAGGCUCUGGCAACAGUCACAGGAAUCGUGGAUGGAACUGGCAGUAUUGGUGCUGCGGUGGGCCAGUAUCUAGUGUCUUUGAUCCAGGAGAACCUGGGAUGGAUGUGGGUUUUCUAUUUCUUUAUUCUAAUGACGAGUUCAACAAUCCUGUUCAUUUCACCAUUAAUAGUGAGGGAGAUCAAAUUGCUUCUGCAUGAGCGGCGCCUGCGAAUGCUGGCUGAGUGACUCCUGCUUGCCUCUGGAAGGACUGUUGUACAGACCUGACAGCUGGAACACUAAUCAAAAUCCUGGGAGACUUGUUUCUUACAUCCUCCAGGUUUGGACUAACUCAAAAUAGCUCUGCAAGACUUGAUGGACCUGCCUUUGUGAGCUCAACAGUGAAGUACCAAAUACCCGUCCUGAAACCACCCGCACCAUGGAGCUGCUGAUCUAAGCUAGACAAUCCACGAGGCCUGGCUGGGAUUGUCCUGGCCUACCAGACUCUUCCAUGUCAGCAGCCCCACUAGGGUCUUCUGCUGGGUGGGCUCACUGCUAUACCCUUUCUUAUUUAUUUCUGGAUGUCCUGACCAAAGGUCAACUGUUUAAAACUGAUGGUGGAGAGGCUCUCUUCCAAUGAAUUUUGAUGCUCUGUUGUGCCAGUGAAGUCAUACAGUGCAUUUCAUGGGUAGUCUAAGUUUACGAUCGCUUUAGCUUUUAGAAAGGGCAAAAUUAUUUGGAACUCACUCUGUCCAGUUGUUUAAAAAAUACUGUUGUUAAAUCUGUACACAGACGGACCUCUGCUAUCCAUAGCUAUUAACUGUCAUGUAGUCCAGUAGAUCCACAUGGAGAAGUUACCUCCAUAUUUGUUUUUAGCAUUUUGUAAUAAUAAUAUUAUUACUAAUCUCUGGGAAAUGAGAUUUCAGUUUUUAACUAUUUAAGCAGACAAAUAGUGUGCAAUACUUUGCUGUGAUCUCUGAGGAUAAGCCUUAAUAGAUCCUUUGUGUCUAAAGGAUCCUUGAAUGGCUUUGGGGAUCACUAAUGGGACACAAAUACUUUCACUACUGCUUUGUUAUUUGAAUUCUAAUCAGUACUGACCAAAAUGGGACUGUCGGGUGACCCUCUGAAGGCAGCUGGUGUCACUGAUUUCAUACUCAUUGGGCAAUUGCUCAUCUCCAGCAAAGGAGAACCAGAACGGAAUUAAAGGAAUUUAAGGGACUUGGCUGCUCUUGGGCACAGGCUUCCCAAAAGGGAUUGCAGGAUACUCAUGGAAUAGCACCAAGGAGCAAGUGCUGUUCCCCUCCCCAGUGCUCCUCUGCCUUGAGCUGCGGAGGGGACCUCAAACUCUAGGGUUUAAGAGCUUGAGUUGUAUGUUUAAGAGCUUGAGUUGUAUCUUGAAGAGAAAGGUAGAUGGGAGUCAGCACUAAAGAGCAUGUGACUGCACUGAGUGUGGUGGUGUCUGAGUAUUCUGCAGUGCUGCGGUAAGCAGGGUGACCGACCAGCAUCUCUGACAUUUGUUGGUGAUGUUAAUGGGGUCGCCGAGUAACUUCUCAACAGAUUGUUUUCUGCUUAUGCCUUGAGAUGUUCCGUUGCAAUAGGCAUCUGUUAACCAGCAGACUUUCUGAUCAAACACUCAAUCGAACUAGUCAGUGAUGCCUGGAUGGGGUGGGGGGCAGGAGUAUUCUGGGAACUGAAAAUUUGAAACUUUUUAAAUGGGAAAAGUUGCCUUUUUAAAAUGUACAGUGAUUUUAUUUUAUUUUUUAAAUUUAUGAAUGUCAAUUUUUAGUCACGUGUUGAUUGUAACGAGUGGGACAUUAUUAGUGCCUUACAGUUCUACUGUAUCGAACGGUUACUUGGCGACUGCUGCUUCUGCACUGACAGCUCUGUGCACAUCUUUGCUUACUGUGAAACUCAGUUGCUCCAUUUUAUACUUCUUUUUUUUUUUGAGAUUCUCUUUCUUUCUUUCUUGGUGGAGGUGAUUCUUGCCUUUUUUGCUAACCCUCGAAAAAUGUCAGUGCUUGGGAAAGCGGUGCCAUUAAGCUGAUGAUGGACCUGAAUCCUGUUCUUGUCUCUUCUCAUUCCCAUUCCAAUUUUUGCCUGUAUAAUUAGAGCAGGAGACUGAGAAUCUAUCAUCCUGCUCUCAGAAUUAUGCCCUGGGGUUAGUGUUCACAUCCCAAGCUACUCAUUAGCCCCUGUACAAAUAGAAUCAAAACUCCCUGAAAUUUAGUUCUAAAAUUGAUGGCGGCACCGCUUGCCCCAGCCACCAUGUCUGAGAAUCUGUGGUUUCAAAUUCCAACCUGGAUGAGCUUUUUUGGCCAGGCUGUCUGGGCGCUCGAUAAGCUUCUGAUGAAAGGUGGGGUGGGAAAGGGACAGUGUGCGGGGCCCGGGGGGAGGAGGAGGAGAGGCAGGCCCCGGUGACAAAUGGUUUCCUGUAAACAGUUCUGUCCCCUCUGGAGGAGAAGUGUCAGAGGCCUUAUGAGCGCCGCAAGCACAAGCUGCCCAGCAGCUCACAUGUAAGUGCAUGGUGGUGCUUUGAGGCCACCUUCAAUUAGCUGGAUGUGCCAAGGACUUCAGGAUCGUGGUGGUGGUGUUGUUGUUGUCCUGGAUUUUUGGUUCUGUGUAUUUCCUCAAGGUGCUCAGAUGGAGGAAGGUUUUCAAUCUGAUCACGUCCAAACUGAUGUCACAUGAAUAAACUUAUUUUGACUUGAUCUGG